AUGAAAAGCCUCUUCCGACCCCUCGUUGCAGCCGCAGCGGCGUCGAUCGUGGUGACAACACCUGGUGCCGCAGCGGCGUCCAUCUCCAACUGUUCGACGCAGUUCUUCACCCAGGCAGUCGAUCAUGGUAACGCCAGCGCCGGGACGUUUCAACAGCAGUACCAGGUCGUCUCCCAUUCCUUCAAACCUGGAGGUCCGAUCCUCUUUUAUCAACAGCCUGAGACAAAGGUAUUCGCAUGUAUGGAGCUGUCCAUAUUCCCUGAAUGGGCCGCAGAGUUAGGAGCCCUUGUCAUUACUCUCGAGCACCGCUUCUUCGGUCUCAGCAACCCGUCAAAUGCCUCCGACCCCGUUGAGAAGUACAAGACUUUGACACUGGAGAACGUCAUGCUCGAUGCCGUCACUUUCGUCAAUCACGUCAAGAAUACAACCAGCGGUGCAAAGGACAGUAAAGUGAUCGUUACUGGUGGUUCGUACGGUGGUUUCCUCGCCACCGUUUUCAAGACAAACCAUCCCAACGUCUUCUACGGAUCGAUUCCCUUCGCGGCGCCACUUCGAUCUAUUGGAGCCAACUUUCAAAACCCCCAGAGAUACAAUUGGUUUAAAUGGGCGAAUCAAAUCUAUCAAGACUUGUCCGCAAGCGCGGCACACAAAAUGAAAUUCGCUUUGGACACGCUCAAUCAACGUUUUCAAACAGCAACCAAUACGACAGCCAUUGCCCAUGACCUGAACCUCUGCUCCAUACCACAGACAGACGACGAUCUUGCCACCAUUAUGGCAUUGAUCAAUGUCGUUGCGUAUUCGAUCCCCUUGACAAGUUACAAGAGCCCCGUGGCAAACCCUGUUGGAGCCAGCCCGCAAAAGCUUGUCAACGAAACCCUCCUUCUCAACGACUCCACCGAUAUAGUCAACGCAAUUCUGACAAACUACUACCCUCCUUCGCUGUAUCCCUGCAUCGAGUGGAAUAGCACUGAAUCGGCCAACCCCACUCUUCAAAAGGACUCUUUCAACUAUCUUCUCUGCAAAUAUUUCCCGCUGAGUUCCAACGAGAUCCCCAACGGGACAAUCUUCGUGCCCACGUCCAUCCAAACGGAAUCUGACCCGACAACUUGCAAAAACCUGUACGAUCUGGUGCCACCAACGCAGGAGUAUGUCGAGAAGAAGUACCAUAUCACUCGCGAUGAGCUGGUCAACGCUAGGAGAAUUCUCUUCGCAUACAACGAGAUGGACCCUACUACAGCCGUUGGGAUUGAUCCAUUGCCGCUCACUCAGGAUCGUAACGCAUCAAGGUACAUGUUCACAUCGUUGGCGGCCCAUGGCGAGGAGAUGUUAGCGAGCUAUCCUGGCGACAAGCCUAGCGUGAUACACGCGCGGCAAGUCCAGCUGCAGACCAUUAAAGAGUGGCUUGGUUACCAGUGA